CGAUCAGUUGAAGACAGCAGAGGGAGGGAUUGUGAAAGCAGAACAAACACUGCCAUGUUCUGUCCUUUUGAGAAGACAAUGCAGAAAUUGGCAUGUCUGCUUCUCUUACUAGUGCUAGGCUGGGCCUGGACCCUCCAUGGGAUCCCUGUGGUCCCAGGACCUCUGGACAUCACACAGGAAAACUUUGUUCUGGAUCAGUUCUUGGGUACAUGGUACGAGGUGGCAGUGGUUUCUACUUGUCCUCAUUACAUGCAGCGCAAGAGGGGAAAACCCAUCGUCAUUGCACUGGAGCUGCAACAUGUUCCCUCUGAGAGCAAAAUCAGCGUGACUGCUUCUACUUUCAGGGAUGGUUGGUGUAAUCAGACCUCCACAAAUUACAGUCUGACUGACACUCCGGGGCGAUUCUUCUACCAUAUCGCCAGACUAAACGCCGAUGUUGAUUCCUGUGUGACUCGGACGAACUACGAUGAGUACGCAAUGAUGACUCUCCUGAGCACAGAGAAGCUAUCAGGAACUAAAACCACCACAUUCAAACUGUACAGUCGAACUACAGAUGUCAAUGCCACUGUACUGGAUGAGUUCAAAACACUUAUUACAACACGGGGUUUGAGUGACGAGAGCAUCAUCAUUAACCGCAAUAAAGGUCAGUGCAUCCCAGACGGUGAUAGGAACCCCUCACAUCCCGGACGACAGACAGACAAGAUGCAGAAAGCAGUGAGACUGGUUUCUCUGCUGGUCUUGGGGUGGGCUUUGACCCUCCAGGGGCUCCCUAUCCUCCCAGAACCUCUCUACGCAACGCAGGAAAACUUUGAUGUGGACCAGAUUUUGGGAACAUGGUACUAUAUUGCCAUGGCAACAACAAAUACCAUUCAUCAUCAUCAUGAAGGUGUUGGCACUGCAAAAUUGGUAAUGGAGCAUAGCAUCACUGAAGGCAAACUCAACAUAACUAUGACUGGAUUCAGCCAUGGAACAUGUAAGGAGAUUUCAGGGGAAUACGAGAUGACCAGCACACCAGGACGAUUUUUGUACCAUGUUCCCAACCGGGGGGUAGAUGUGGAUGUAUAUGUGGUUCACACGAACUACAACGAGUAUGGAAUAGCGAUAAUGAACAGCAUUCAUCAGGGGGACAACAGUACUUCACUUAAGCUUUAUAGCAGAACCACAGGCGUGAGAGCAACUGUGUUGGAAGACUUUAAAACACUUGCCAAAGAACUGGGAAUAAGUAACGACAACAUCAUCAUCACAAAGAACAAAGGUGAUUGUGUUCCUGGACAGCAGAUGGCAGCGCUACAAACUGAGCCCAAGGUUCAGGUGAUGCAGCAAAGGCAGAGGAGGAAUGUGGUCCUUGCUACAGUUGCUGUAGACACUGAUGGUUCUGGUGCUGGUCCAAUGCUGUUCAAUCCAGAGGACUGCAAAGCAACACCAGAUUCAGGUCCAUGUUUUGGACUAUUUCCGCGUUACUACUACAACUCCACCACCAUGACCUGUGACCUCUUCAACUUUGGAGGCUGUAUGGGCAACCACAACAACUUUCUUACAGAGAGAGGGUGUCUGCAGAGAUGUCGCACUGAGGCUGUGUGCCGUCUGCCCAUGGCGGCUAAACCCUGCACUGGGCAGGCUCCUCAUUGGGCCUUUGAUUCCACCAGUGGGCUGUGUGUUCCAUACAAACAAGGUUUCUGCCAGACCAAUGGCAACAAGUUUUACACCAAGGCUGAAUGUGAGGAGUACUGCGGCGUGGUCAAAGACGAUGAUGAGCUUCUGAAGGUGAACUAAGAAGCAGCGCUGCUGAAGAGAAGCCAAAGACAACUCAAAUUAAAUCAAGAGUUAAUCUGUUUCAGUACUCACAAAACAAACAAAGCAUCACACUAAAAACAGCUUUUUACUUUUAACAUUUAUAAAUGGGGCUUCCAGUUCUUCAUGCAGUGUGCAUAAAAACCGACAGGGGGCGAUGUUGCCUUACUUACAGAUGUGUUGUAUGUAACGUACAUACAAUAAAACACAGUGCAGCAGA